CGACGCGGCGCAGCGCAACGAACGAACGAGCGAGCGAGCGAGCGAGCGAAGCGUGUCAUCGCCGUCGGCAGCGAUUAACGAGCGAGCACGAGCGCGUCCCGUCCUGCGCGUUCAACGGUCCGCGAGCCUCGAAGAUGCCGCAGCCCCUCGGCGGAGCGAUUUAGCUGCGACACGGGGGAGGGGGAGUGUCCGCUCCGCCGCGAUCCGGACGCGACCCGGAAGAGGCACUCGGCAGGGAAGAGAACUCGCUCAACCGGGAAGAGGGGCCUCCACGUUCAUCAUCCUGUAGCAUGGACUGCGCGGCGCACGUCGAAAGUGUGUCUCAACGUAAAAGAACGACGGCGGGCGCGCGCGGCCAGUAUCUGUCCUUUGUUAAUCGGCUGUCCGAUAGGGGCCGAGGUAGUCCGCGGCCACUUGCUAUCCUCGAUUCCGAGGACCUUGUCUCGUACCGUAAAGUAGGCCUCGCGCGGUCCAUGCUAUAGGUCGAUGUCCACAUUGACAGGCCGCGACACGCGAAGAGGACACGGCGGGUCGUCGUCACGUCGCAAGUCCGGGAUAAACACUAGAAUUUAUGCCGUAAGCUACAGAGCUACAGAGGAAGAUACCGUUAUGGAUACAAAUUCUAGGCGGGAAAGAAGUAAAAAUACAAAGGCAUGUUCAAAGAACCAACAACUGGAAGAUAUCAGACUGGAAGAUAGCAACAGGAUCGAAGUUUUCCCAUGGUUACCAAAAUUCAAUAAAGCCAUAUGUUCAUGCGCAGGAAGUAGAAACUAUCAACACCUCGAACGAUUGCUUUCGCUCUACACCCAGAAUGUCCUUUCUAGCCUAGCAAAGAGCAGUGUCAAAUUUAGCGACGAGAUUAAUUUAAAAAACCAUAUUAAUAAAAUGUUGAUAUUCUUUCACUUUUAUUGGCUUGACAUAAAACAGGACACGGCUGAUCAUAGUCAAUAUUUAAAUAAAAUAUCAGCUUUGUUAAAUGUGUACAUAGACCUAGAGUUGAAAACUUCAAUGGAAGAAAGAACUUCUAGUCACGUUAGAGAUUCUUCUAAAAUUGCUGCAAAGGUUCUUGCAGCAUUGUACAUAUACUUAAAUAACUCGGAAGAGCAUAUUUUCAGGGUAUUACUUAGAAUUAAACACACAACAGAAAAAUAUACAAAAGUCUGCAAUCAUAUAUUUACGAAGAGCUUUACUAAUCUCAAAACAAAGACGACUUCUAUAACCGAUGUAGCUUAUAUCAGAUAUUUACUCGCCUUCAAAAUGUGGAUAAAAAUGGAAGAGACAACAGAGAUGAAUUUAACUCUCAAGGAGAAGAAAAUUCUUUCUGACAAAAAAGAGAGAAUUAACGAGUUAGCUCUGAUGCUACUAGGGUCGCGUAUGCCGGAAUUACAAGACGAAUUAUUGAAAUUUGUGCCUAGACCACCUAUGGGUCAAGAGAAUGAAACACUAUGGUUAAUACAAUCAAAUCGAUUUGAUAUAGAGCUAGUCCGUAAACAAUUCCUGCUAUUUCAAGACAAGAUGGAUAACUCUACAGGUUUACAAUGUACCAAGACAAUGUCUGCCGAUCAGAACUGUUCAAAGUCGCAGAAACACCAGACGAAUUCGUUAUUUCAGCGGAGCAACUCUAAAGGGGAUACAUCUGAGCAAAAAGUAAAAAAAUGUUUAGGUGGUUUUCGAAACAAUAAUACGCUGCCAAAUAAUGAAGAUAAGUCUUUGGAUCAAACUUAUCUACAAAAAAAGGGAUCAAAAAGCCUUAAGCCAUUGAAAAAGAUAAGGAAAAAACCAAGGAAACCUGUAAUAAUUGAUUUAACUGGAGACGAUGAAAUUAGCAUUCCUUGCAAAGGAAAAAGGAAAAAGACUCAACGAAAUUCGGAAUGUUUGAGAUUCAUGAAAAAGAUCAUGAAAAGUCAAAAGCAUAUCAAAUAUUCAGGCAAGCUCGUGAGUGCCGACGUUAAAGAAUCUAAUGAAAACUUAAAGAGCUUAGGAGAAAAAAUUCGUUUGGAGUGUAAACCUAUUUAUGACAGUAAAAUUAGUGAUAGUACAGAGAAUUGUACUUCAGUUAACACCAGAUCUUCGUUAAAUGAUGUCUGUUACAUUAAUCUUCAAAAAGAUAAGCAUCCGAACAUAACGAAAAAUCAGAUGAAUAAUACCUGUCUGGAAUUUGCGAAGGAAGAUGAGAAACAGCACGAUUACAACUCGCAUUGCUUGAAGUCGCCAAUGUUUGUCGAGCACGAUACUAAAAAGUUCAAAGUUACGGCAAAUGUGUUGAAAGAAAGUAAAUUAGAAAAUUGUAUAUCAUCGUAUGUGACAAUAGGAAAUGCAACUAGUUCUUAUAACAACUCGGUAACACAAAAUAAGGAAGCAUUAACUGCUCAGGAAGAAAGUGCCACGGAGACAAUAUCUUUAUUCAAGACGUGCCAAAACAAUAUUGCAGAUCAGCAUUCUUUCAAGCAAGAAUUACCAACAAGCACGAAUUAUAGCGCGACGCAGAAGUCGCACAAGUAUUGGAUUACAAUGCCUGUUUAUGCGCAUGAUAUUAACCACCUUAUAAAGGAAUUUACGUCUAUAGAUAAUCAUAGCUCACAAAUUACGGAAAUCGAUUGUAAACCAUUUAUACUUACUAACAAUGACAUUACCGCGACAAAAGCACAAGGGACUUUGCAUAAUACAUUUAACGAUAAUGGGACUGACAUUAAAUUGGCUUGUGACACAAAUAUAAUUGACACACUAAGCGAUCGCAAUAAACGUAUUUAUGUUUUGAAUCAUAACGAUAUCACAACUGUGCGCACUGAAAAGAGAAUGCAGUGUCUAGAUAAGUCCAAUGACACGUGUACUGUUUCAACCACGUUUACCGAAGAUCAAACUGCAGAGCCACCAUUGUAUAAUCAACAUGUCAAUUUUGAUAACGUAAGAAUGAAUGAUUACGACAGUGCCGCUAAAUACUCCAAGACUACGAUAAAGGAACCACAGAAAAGAACCGAUUGCGAUUCUUCUAUAUUAAACGAUAUAUUACCUUCCUCGAAAUUCUGUACAUUUGAUAUUAAUUCCUUCGAUAGUGGUUCAAGUGCGGAGGUAGAUUACGAUUUGAAAAGUUUCCUAAAAAUAGAGGCAACUGACGAGACAGCAAAGACUGAUUACGUAGACGAUGUGGAGCACAUCAAUUUCUCACAUAAUACCCAGAGUGAAACUUUUCUGGAGGAUUUCUUCCGGGAAUCUUCCGAACAGUCCCAAAUCAAUUACGACAAUUUAAUCGGCGUACCAACCAAAAAACUUAUGUAUACUGACAAUGAUGUUACUGCAGUGAAGACACAAGACAAUUUGCACAAUAUGUUUAAUGCCGAUGAAAAUGAUGUCAAGAUACCUUACGACACAAAUAUAAUCUAUAUGUUAAGCGAUCACGAUAAAUACAUUUAUGUUACAAAUCAUACUGGCGAACACGUUACGACUACAAGCGCUGAAAAGAGAAUGCAGUAUCUAAAUACUUCUAAUAACACGUGUACUGUCUCAACCACAUUUACCGGAGAUCAAAUUGUAAAAUUACCGUUGGACAGUCAGCAUGUCAAUUCUGAUAAUAGAAGAAAGUGUGAUUACGAAGCCGUUCCCAAGUAUUCCGAAGAUACGAUGAAGGAACAAAAAGGCAGAAGCAAUUGCGAUACUUCAAUGUCAAACAAACAGUUACAUUCCUCUGAGCUUUGUACAGAUUAUACAUCUGAAAUCGACUUUUCCGAGAGGAAUUCAAAAGAACCUAGUGAAAUAAUUGAUUGUAUUAAAACUGAUUGUACAAUUGACUUUGAAAAUAUCAAAGAUAAUAUCCAAACGGGAGCUUUGGAAGAUAUAUUAUCGAAUGAUACGAAUAAUUUCAUCCUACCUCUGUUUGAAUUUGACAAUGUAUAUACGGAUACAUCUUUGAACGAAAAAAUCGUCCUGUGCAAUAAUCAAAAUGAUACUAUUGAUAGUAGUAUAGAUCUGGUAGCCUCUCACUUAACAACAAAGUCUGAUAAACCCAUGUCAGUAAAUCGUAGUAAAUUUCACCACAAUGCCAAAUAUCUUUGUUAACUAAUUCAACUAUCGCUCUUCCAGGUUUCAAGGAGCCAUGGAAUUUCGGUACUCUUCCUGAUAAGUUAAAUAACGAUGCCUUAAAUGUUUUUAUGUUUGCAACAAACAAGAUGUUGAAGGCUUUCAUAUCCUGGAGGAUACAUCUGAAAAAAUUUCAUCAAAAUUGCUAACAAAUUACUUGAUAUCGCAAAGAAAAGAUUCUGCCUCAACAUAUUGCGUAAAAUGUAUACUUUCGUCCUUGGAUGAUUUGGGUCAUCUUUCAAUUCAGUUUCAAAUAUGAUAAUUGAUUUGAAAUAUGGAUCGUACGUUUGUGAAUGCCACUAUGUCGCAAGUUAUCGAAUGUAACAGAUUAUUUACCGAAGAAAUUACAAAGAAAGAAACGACAGUAACAAUAACGAGAAGUGUUCUCAUAUUUACGAAAAAGUUCAUAUUGAAAAAUUUCCAGCCUCAAGAGAGCUACAUCAAGUUUUUAAGGAAUUUUUAAGGAAUAUAUACUGGAUAUAUCCACUAUCUGCCGUCAGGAAAUCGCUUAAUAUCGUAAAAGGAAUAUUCUGCUUGAUCUUAUACAACGGUAUAAGACAUAAUUUUAUUUUGAAUGAAUCUUAAUAGCAAUUUAAGAUUAAAUCACAAUAAUUAUAACCGAGACCAUAGACCAUAAGGCAAAUAUCAUUAAGAAGUAGACUGUCAGAUGUAUCAAAUUACCAUCCACUGAAGAAACAUCUGAGAAGAUAAAAAAGAAUCGUAUCUAUAGUUUUACUCCCUCCAAACGCUAACAAAAUUAUCUAUUCUGGAUCAAUACAGUGUUCGAAAAAGGAGUCUCAGUUGCUACAAAAUAAAAGAGCUUAUAUAUGCAGAAGAACAUGAAAAAUAAUACAGUGGCGUGAUUGAUUGUCGUUUAUGAUCCUGAAGAAGUCGCCAAUUUUUAACUGCUUGCAUAAUGCGCUGAGUCUCGUAUCUUGACGAUUGAAAUAAAAAUUGGACAUACGAAAAUUAUUAUCAUAUUAAAAGCUUCCGAGUUGUUGAAACACAACGUGAUGUAAUUCGUACAGUUAUUCGGACAUAAUCUAUGAGAUUAGAAGUCUGUAUAGAGACAGCUGUUUUAAGUUAUGCUUCAGUACGAUUAUAGAUUAUCGUAUCAUAUGGUCAAGAAGCACUUCCCAUAGACUUUUUUUAGAAAUAUGUAUUUUAUGUAUAUAUAUAUGUAUUGGCAUAAUAUGUAUAUAUACAU